AUGGACUGGCUGAAAAAGACGGCGGGUCGAAUUAAGCACCCCCAGCCACAUCAAGAUCGUCCCACGCUCAGUAUACCCUCGACAGUAGAAGUAGGACGAUUCGAAGUAUCACAGACUGCAGUUGGCUGCUGUGCUUUGGGUGGACGGCACGAUGGCACUUUUGGAGAUGAUGAUGAGGGGUGGAGGAUGCGGAGAUUGUGGAAGUCGUAUGACAAGCAUAGAAAGCGAAAGGACAUACACGGAGAUCCCGAGUCACCUGAGAAAUGUGCAGAGCUUGGUGGAUUGGAUGCUGCUGCCUCCGAGGCUACUCCUGAAAAUGAUCUCCUAACAAGCUACUUGCGAGCCUUUGGCGCGCGCUUUGGGCCGCUGACAGAAAUAGAUGAGAUACGGAAUAUGAGAAAGAUGUUUUCAGAGAGCCACAUGAAGCACGGUUUGGACCCCAAGCAGUCUACUGGAUUCCCUUUCAGCCGACAUUCUGCGACAGCGUCUGGCCCUCCUUCCCAGGUCACAUCUCCACUGGCCCCACCAGCGCUUGGACAUCCUCACGUAGCUGUCUUGGGUAUGAUUGAAGUCUUGGAGCAUCUCGCAGCUGAACACCAUGCAAAAUUGGUUGCUCGUCCUGCGAAUUAUGAAAACCUCUUGUCGCGAACGUUGCAUAUUUUUCAACACAUGGAGCUCUUAUCGCGUUUUGAUGGUAACCGGGAUGCCAUGGUGCAACAUGGGGCGAUCAACAGCAUCGCACUUAUUUUAACGCUUAGCGUCCAUGUAAAUAAUGCAAAUCAAGAUAGACACGAUCGUAUCCACGAGGCUACUGAGUCGACGACGACUAUUCAUUACUUAUCACUGGCCCUGAUGAUUAUACAAAGAUGCUCCGACCCAGAAGCCGCAUGGGAGCGGUUUAUUCGCAAUGGCGGUAGGGAGCGAGCGAACGAGGACACUAGUCAUCCACCACGAAGGGGACGGGCAAGCGCGGCUUUCUCCGAGCCCACCACACGGCAUAUAUUGGACGCGUUAUUUGUCCUUUUGACUGAGGGAAGCCAUAAGUUAAAUAUCAAUCGUCUGAUCUUGAUAGUCCAUGCCAUAAAUGCUUUGGGCUGCCUGUUGGUAACUCAAGGUUCCACGGUGUUGGCUAUUUUGACUGAAGCAUCGCACAAACUGGAGGUCCUUUGCAACAUAGUGGGCGAUCUGGCCUACGAUAAUAGAACUUUUAGCGUUCAAAGUAGCUCCGAUACAUAUGAUGAGAACGUUAAUGCGUUGCGCUACCGUUUCAUUGGUCGGAUACUCGCAUGGUACUUGGUGGAGCUCCUCUCAGCGAACGAUCCCCGUUGCCGGGAACACAUGAAAGCGCUAAACUGGCCCCAGAAAGUAGCGAGUUUCCUUGUGUGGACGGCAGCCGUUACUCCUCGUUGUCCGCAGCUGAAUGACAGCGUCGAUGGGAACACAGAGAGGUAUUAUAGCUUUUUUCCGGAAACUCGUCACCGUACAGCAGAUACAGGAGUUGAAGGGAUCGGGGGAAUGCCAUGUCCAUUAUGGCCUGUACCGGCCUUGGAACGUUCACCGGACGAUUGGGAUACAAUGUGGCCAAGUGGAUCGGCGUCGAUGAAUUUGGAUUUUAUCAUGUCGCAACCACUUGGCACUGAGGAGGUGGAACUCGUCUUCCUUCUGGAAGAGAUGUUUUGUCUUCAUGACUGUCAUAACAGCUGGAGUACAGAAUAUGUUCCGCGGGCAUCAGCGGCAAGAUCUAGCGGUUUUGGUGAUAGAUCUGCUUCAAGCAUUUACCAGCAAGUCGACGAAGAAAGCAUUUCGGCGGCCCUUAACGGCGCGUUGAAAAUGAUGUACGAUGUUUUCGCCGACGAUGGAAUCGCCCACCAGGAAGAUAAUUGUUCCCGGCGAAUUGCUCUUGGGUACGCUGAGGAUCACUUCCCGCGUUUGCAACUGGGCUUUAUCAAGCUUCUUGCUGGCUUGAUCAUAUACGACAAAGACGCAGCCGUCACGAAGGCUCGGAUAAGUUGGUUGUUGAAAUGGAUGGAUGACCUAAAUGUAUGGGAAUUGCUUCUAGGUCCUCGAUUCUACAUGUGGGGAACCGCCUAUGCCGGCGAGCGAGCCAUCCGUGCUCGGCAGGCGAUGAGAACGAGUAUCUUGACUCUCAUUGUCUACUGUGGCACGUUGGCUGAAGACAGCAACGAUCGACCAUGUCGUGCCUUGCUGUCCUUGUUGAGUAAGCACCAAGUGGAGUACCCUGAGAUAAUCCGUGACACAUGCGGUGCACUUUGCUUGAUUAUACGAGCAAGGCCGGUCACCCAAGAGACGUUUCGCCGUUUGAAUGCUUUUGAAACGCUCCUUCCCGUUCUUACAUUUUGCACAUCAGAGAGCGUUACCGAUGUGUCUUACCGUUUUCCCAUAUUUGCCUUAUUCAAGUCCGUAUUGGCCAACAACAAAGAGAUGUCAAUAUAUGCAUUUCUGAACCGUCCGAUUCUCAAUUGUUUCUUCACCCUUCUGGGGUCAUCCCACAUUCCCACGUCUUGCUUUGCUCAACGCCGCAUUUUUGACAUUGUAACUGUCUUGGCGACGGAUUAUCCCACCUAUGGUCGAUGGGGCAUUAUCGUUCAACCCUCACUGACACCUACGACUCCAAUGACACCAGCCACCCCGGACCAAGAGACGACUCCAGAAGUCAUGCGAAGAUAUCUUGAAUGCUUUCCUGGUUUGAUAGAUCAGCAGGACAAGCUGGAUUUGCAACUUCGAUUAUUGAGAGGCAUACGAGAUUUUGUGGGGGAAACUGCUGAAGAUAUCAGUAUGGCGCUCAAACAUGCACUCAUCAAAGCAAAAGUCUUUCAGUUUCUCAUGAGUGUCCUGAGUGUCAAAGUUCAUCUUGAGAGUAGCCAUGAUAAUGGCGGGACAUCUUUGAACCGUGAAUAUCACGAAUUAGUCGAAAUGGUCAUUUUCACCGUUGCAACGUUGAUUCGCGACGAUGAAAUGGCGAAGAAGUCGUUCCGGGAACUGCAUGGAUACGACGAGAUUCGAACCCGGAUUUGCCUGAAAGGCGGAUGGCAAUGUUGGCCAGGGCUGUUAAAUUCCCUUUUCUUUCUCCUCGCCGAUGGUAGAGACGCUCCUUACCGUGUGCGAAACCUUGAUGUGGUCGACGCCUUGUUCCAGUUCUACGAGCAUUGCAAUCAACAACUUCGUGGGCAAAUGAUCUGCGACCUUGAUCGAAUUGCCGCUGCACAUGAACCUAGUAAGGCGGCUUUACAUUGUGCAGGCAUUGUAAACAAGAUUUUGAGAACCGUCUUACCUCUGGCCACCGAUGAAGAGCAUCUGCAACAAGUAAUGCAGCUGCUCAAGACAGUUGCAACCUACUCAUUGACAGUAGCUGAAGUGAAGCUUCUGCUCAAAUGUUUGCGUCGGCGAGAUCUUUCCAGCGACCGUUUAGUGAGCUCAAUCACGUCCUAUCCCUGGUCAUCACUGGCAUGGUCCGAACAAAGACAUUCUAGUGUGUUGGACUUACGUGAUACCGAAACAGAGCUUCCUUUUUGGUAUGAUGCGUUGGUGCGGACCGUAGUCGAAAUUGCUCGACGGCAAGCUGGAGACCUGGAUCUCUUUUGCUUCGACGGUACAGGGGGCAUGAUCGCGAAGGGACUUGACAAAUGGCCAGUAUCCGCGGGAGGCUGGAGUUUUAUGACAUGGAUUUGGAUUGAUGCAGAAGAAGGUGGAGGCGAUCCCACGAAAGAAGAAUCCACCGUAUUUGCAUUACGAACUUCCACUGGCGACAACGGACUGGAUAUUUCACUCCUCCGGGACGUCUUGACAGUCAGAGUGACGAAGGCCCAUCGACCCCAUGUUGCGUCGGUCACCAACUACCCCGUUGCUCCCAAUCAGUGGCACUCUGUUGUCAUUUCACAUGGAAGCCCUAAACUACCAUGGGCCACCUCUUCCGAAGCAUUAGUGUACAUCGAUGGGGUGAUCAGAUGGAGGGGAAAACUUGAAUAUCCUGAUGUCGCGACGUACAGCAUUGCGCGCGUUGGUGCAUCAGCUCCAGUGACGGGACUCACCCAAAGCAAUACUUCGUUAACUUUUUAUGCAAACUCAUUUACGGGACAGAUGACCUCCAUAUACCUCUUGGAUGACAUCCUUAGCCACCAUCAGGCAACAUCGGUUCAUCAGCUGGGGCCAUCUCAAGCUUCUCGCCUUGGAAAAGGAAGCAAUGCACGCUCUUCCGGCGCCGAACUUGAAACCGUAGACGCUGAUAGAGUCGUCAUGCAGUUUCAUCCGAUGGCUACCAGAAUAUUGAAUGUGAAAGACAAGCAUUUUUAUUCAUCUAAAAAGCGAAGAAAGCACUCCGAAAUUCCGCAAGGCAAGGAGAAAAUGGCUGGCAUAGUCACGUCAGCUACAAAGUGUUUUUGCACCGCUGUACAUGCCCUUGGUGGGAUCGGAAUUCUGAUUCCAAUCCUUGCCCAAGUUGAUUUGAAAGCGGGAUAUUCUGGUACCGCACAGAGCGGCACUCAAGUAUCGUACAACGUCAAGGACGAGAAUGCUAUCAAAAUAAGCCGGACCAAGCUCUUCUUCGAUCUAUUAGCGACGGUGAUAUCCGGCGACCCCGUCCAUCAGGAUAGGCUUGCGGCUAUGUCCGGUCCAAAAGUGAUGUCGAGCUUACUACAGCAAAACAAUCCUGCAGGAUUAGGGCUGGAAGUUUUAGACGCUCUUGUUAACGUAACACAGGAGUCGUGUUUCCAUCUCGCGCUUUUCAGUGAUAUGGAGAAGUACCUAAUAUUCGACUCGCGUAUAUGGACGCAUGCUGCAGAAGAAGUUCAAAUAGAAUAUUACCAAUCUGUUCAUCAACUUCUCGCGAGGGAUAUUGAAAGAUACCGGGAUCGCUAUGGCGCAGGAUUCUGGGUCGACGUUUUGGAAAAGUUCUAUCGGUACACGGGCCCUAACAUGUCAGAACUAACACAGCCACUGCAGUCUCAUCGGGGCUCCCGCGAAUCAACUGCACUACUGCGACGCUUUAUUUUUGGGAUUAUAAAGGAGUUCCUGUUAAAGUCACCGUCUGCAGAUGACGUCGGACGAAUCGUUCAGGUACUUUCGUGCUCAGAUGAUAAUGUACAUAUCGCGGAACUGUUAUCUGUAGUGGUCGAGAUCAGCGUCCAUCACCCGGAAAGCAGGCUUGCAGAACGAUUUUUGAGUCACGGUGGCGGCGAAUCCUUGUUCUUACUGUCGCUCAAUAAUACCCUGGAGCGCACGAGAGUUUUGGCUUUGCAGAUGAUGUUGAUAAUCCUCAAGUCCCACAGCACCAGCGACAAAUGGAAGAAGCGAAUAAAAUUGGAGGAAGUUGGAUGGCUGGGUAGCACUGUGGCAGUGGGGAACACGGGUGGGUCAGGUCCAGGUGUCCUCGCCAGGAUUCUUGUCUACCAUUCCUUUACCGCACCCAUCUAUUAUGCAUUCCUGCAGUUGGCGCUUGAAGAGCAAGUUUUAGAUUGGGAAACGCAAGAGGUUCUUGUGGCCCCUGUCGAGCUACGCAAUGCUAAAAUCAAGAACGUAGGAUAUAUCCAAACUCUAUUGGAGCUCGCUGCUGGCUCAGGCACGACAAUCAAGUUGAGAAUCGAAGUGCUACGAGACAUCUUAGUUCUCGGAUGCCGCAAUGGAAAUGGAGAAAGUAUACGAAAGAUAGCGAGGUGGCAGUCACUCUUGAUGGCUAUAUUCGAUGGGCGUAGUGCAAGAGCAAGGAGGUCGACACAUUCACUUGGAGAAUCCGAGCCACCGGAAAUAUCAAACCCAUCCGCGCAAGCUGAUGAAACACGAUUAUCCAACUUGGGUUUCGAGACUCUGACCACAUUUACCCUAGAUACAUUUGACUUGGAGCGUAAAUCAUGGCGGUGUGUGGAGGAGAUUGCGAUAUCUGCGUGGCUGACAAAACGCGAAGACGAAGCAUAUACCUUCUUGAGGACAUUUUUGUUACGGUUACUUUCGGCGGUCAAAGGUGAGAUCGGCGGAGGCGAUUGGAGAAAUUUCUCAGGUGCUAAAAUGGAGAAUAUUGCACACUUACUCCUAUUUGUCGAGGAGUUUAUGUUUAAUCACCAUGAUCUGCGUGAUGCUUUGAUGCGGGAUCUGCAUACCGAAGACCCAAAACGACUGUUCUUUAUACCUAACCUGCAAGAACUCCUGUCAGCCGGCCCACCUAGUGCCGCAACGGGUGACUUGACUGUCCGAAUGUCUUUCCCAUUAGGCGAAUGUCGCGACCUCGUCGAAGAGUAUCUGGAAGUGCUUUCCUCUUUGAUCGACUUUGGCAUCACCCACGUCCAUUUGACAGAUGGAGCCGAAAAGAGCCACCUUCGGUCGGGGGGUUUAGUACGACUAGCCAUCAGAAUAUUGCUGAGUGCUUUCACGGUCCCUGACGAAAGCAUAUGGCAUAUGGCAUUGCGACAUCUCAUUCCGUUAUUGGACAAACAUGCAAUGACCUUCUCAGAGGGGAAGGUCAAAGAAAGAGGCUUUUAUGUUUUGGGACAUGUGCAUGAGAUAUUUGUAGUUGCACAGCGGUCCCGCGAUCUCGAUGGUGAAGUCGCGAAGGUCGAUCAUCGAAUUGUCCUGCCGCUUUAUAUGCUGGUUAUGACACGAUGGCGAGAAGCUGUGGCUAGCCUUGUAGAGGCCAGUGAGGCCGCCGGUGAUGCGGCGCUUAUAUCGGAGACGCUGCUCAAUGAGGCCUUGGCAGAUCAACAGAUUUUCAACCACCUGGUGACAUCCCCAGUUUGGGAUAGCGUAUAUGACACCAGUCUGUUCCCGGCCAUGAAAAUGGUCGAGGAAGACGAAUUCGCCAUGGUUCCUCUUGUGACUAGGCGGUUUUCACGGAUGUCUAGGUCCACGUGUACUCGGUGGGCCAAAGAAGAGGCAGCCUUAGAGCGCGCAAAGGAGUUCAUAUGCGGCAUUCUGGAACGGGUGGCUAGAAAAAGACGGGGGGAUGAGAACCAGAGAAGCGUCGACUGUGAAAAGGAAGAAGAACUAGAGAAAAGGAUGGUGGGUAGACAACUCUGUCUAUUGUGGCGAACCUUGACGCAAGAAAGGGGAAUGUGGGCGCCAGUGGAGGAUGGAAAUAAUGGGAGCAAGAGUAGCGUAAAGUGGAAGCUGGACAGGGCGGAGAACUAUCUGAGGAUGCGCCGGCGGUUGACUCCAAACUGGGAAUUCGAUGAUCAUGUGAAUGCAUCAGCCAAAAGGGACAAGACAUUCAAGCCAGACGAUAGUGUUCCUCGUGGGGAGAGCCCAAGGCUGUCACGAGCUAGCACGUUCAGCAGUAUUUCAGCGGUCGACAGGAAGAGGAGUCAGAUGGACAAGCUCAGGUCUCAGAUAGAGAAUGGUCUCGGGAUUCCGCCUGACCUGUUAAAAGAGGUUAGUAUAACAAGCUUGGGAAGCUUGGCAGCGGACGACGACAAUGACCUCGGCGAGGAAGAAUGGAGCGUUUUGAAUGAGGAUGAUUUGCUUGGAUCUAAUGCUACCAGCGGCGCCACGGGUAGCGCAAGUAAAGGCGAUCGACUUCUCUAUAGCGCUGAUUGCGAGAUGAUCCUCCUCAUGACUCCUGUGAAGGGUCGUAUUGAAGUGACUGCGUCCCACCUCACUUUCACCGCAGACAUCAAAGCCACGACUUUGGGGCUAUGCGAGUCGGAACGUGAAGCUGUGAUGAUACUCCUCGUCGACAACGAUGCGCUGCUAAAGGAGCGACGGUGGUCGCUCGACGACUUAUGCGACUGCUAUCUCCGCCGUUACAUGCUACGCAAAAGUGCUGUCGAACUGUUCUUUUCAGAUAAGACGAAUUAUCUUUUCAACUUCCCGGGGGCAGGCAAAACGGCAGGUAAGGACCGAUUGAAAUUUCUGAAGUGUCUGGUGAGCUGUCGACCCGUCCAAUUGGCAAACGUUGAUGUGCGGAGUAGCCCGUGUGAUGUGGUAAAAAAGAGCCCUGUGACUGAGCGGUGGGUCAGAAGAGAAAUUAGUAAUUUUGAGUACCUGAUGUGGUUAAAUACUGUUAGCGGGCGGACUUACAAUGAUCUCACUCAAUAUCCCGUCUUUCCUUGGAUUAUUCGCGAUUAUGAGAGCGAAACGUUAGAUAUUACCGACCCUUCCAUUUACCGCGAUUUAUCAAAACCUGUUGGAGCGCUGGAUGAGACACGGCUGGCCCAAUACCUUGAGCGGUACAAGGCCUUCGAAGACCCCACAGGCCGAAUCAAGAAGUUCCAUUAUGGGACACACUACUCCUCUGCAGCAGCUGUCGUGUUCUACUUGCUAAGACUGGAACCUUUCACAACUCUGCACAUCACAUUACAAGGUGGAAAAUUCGAUCAUCCGGAUCGGCAGUUUCAUUCACUGCAAAGCUGUUGGAAAUCCGUUCUUGCUGGAAGUGGUGAUGUUAAAGAGCUAAUACCGGAGUUCUUUUACAUGCCGGAAUUUCUAACCAACGAUAACAGAUUUGAUCUUGGGGUAAAGCAAACCGGCGAGGUUUUGAACGAUGUACUUCUCCCACCAUGGGCAAAAACCCCAGAGGACUUUGUGCGGAUCCACCGUGAAGCUUUGGAAAGUGAUUUUGUUUCCGAGCACCUGAACGAAUGGAUAGAUCUCAUUUGGGGCUACAAGCAAACUGGAGAAGAAGCAGUGAAAGCGCACAAUGUCUUCUAUUAUUUAACCUACGAAGGGGCUAUCAACAUUGAUGCCAUAAAGGACCCCAUGGAACGUCGAUCAAUUGAAGAUCAAAUCAAUAACUUCGGACAAACACCGUCCCAAUUAUUCAAGAAACCACAUCCUAAGCGGGCUCCAAAUGACGAAUGUGAGGUUAGCACCUUAUUUGAUGCCCCGGAAGAUCACAGAAGCUACUUGAUCGAGUCAAAAGGAGCAGAAAUACACUUCAUUGCUGCUUGUGUGGAUGAAUCAAUGGCGCCAGGAGGUGGUGGGACUGAGGGGCAUCAAGGCUUACAUCAGUGGUCUCGACAGUCACACACUCCUGCCCUUCCGACAUGGGCUGGAUCCGACGGCAGCAAGGUGAUAACCGUGGAUGGCGACAUGUGCUUUCGUGCCCAUAAAUGGAGCGGUGGUAUAGAUGCUCCAUUUGCCUUCGAAGCUGAUAACACAGCGCUACGGAAACGCAAAAUUCCAACCCAGCUUGCAUCAACUACUCAUCCACACUCACAGCUCUUUGCUGUCACCCACAAUGGCCGGUAUCUUAUCUCUGGUGGUAGCUGGGACGCAUCUUUUCAGGUCAUACAGCUUGACCUACAUCACGGCCAUGGUUCACCACGAAUUGUGGAUGCUGUUCAUGGGCAUCGUGACAUUGUAACAUGCAUUGCCAUUGGGGAGGAUGAUCGGACAAUCGCAAGUGGAUCGGCAGAUACCACGGUGAUGACUUGGGAAAUUGAUGGUAUGAGUGGCUGUGUCGAAAAGGCAAGACCACGAGUGUUCUGCGGGCACGAUGAUCAGGUGACUGCUGUCGCAGUUAAUGUCGAGCAUGGUAUUGUGGUCAGCGGCUCCAAGGAUGGCUCUGUGAUAAUACAUACGCUCCAUGACACCCGAUAUCUACGCACACUUCGUCCACUUCCAUCCAAAUCCAGUGAGAUUCUGUGCAUCCAUCGCGUCCUUAUUACCUCCCUUGCCUGCAUUGUGGUUUACACUGAAGCGGCAUGUCGCGAAACGCCUACUCCCUCUGGCCCCUUACACGGUGCCACUAUCCCUGCAAAUGUUGCUCCAAGCAACGUGUGUUAUCUACACACAUAUACCAUCAACGGGAAAUCAAUGCACACACGAAUGUUUAUAACACGACUAAAUGAUAUAAAGGCAUCCAGAGAUGGAGGCUUCUUGGUUGGUGCGGAUGAGAAAGGCGGGAUUGUAGUCAUGAAGACACCUAGCCUUCAUAUCACACACCGCUUUGAUGUAUCAAUGAGUGUACUGAGCGUUUCGAUCUCUCAGGACCAGCGAUAUCUGUUCUUGGGGCGAAUGGAUGGGACGCUGUUAGUCAUUGGCCAUGAACGGGUCAGGAAGCUGCUGAGAUGA